AUUUUUUAAUAAUGGAGAUAUUAGAUGUGUUUGUACAGACAUCCAGCUCUUUCUCCCUGUUAGGGGCUCUGGUGGUCCUGCUGCUUCUCUACCUCAUCUCCUCCUCCAGCUUCAACUCGCAGGAGAUCAGGAAAGAACCUCCAGGACCAAAACCACUUCUCCUGCUUGGGAAUCUGCUGCAAAUGGACCUUAAGAUACCCUACAACACAUUAUUGAAGCUUUCCAAGAAAUAUGGGUCAGUGUUCACCGUCUAUUUGGGACCCAAGAAAGUGGUGGUCCUGGCUGGAUACAAGACAGUGAAGGAGGCACUUGUCAACUACGCUGAUGAGUUUGGAGACAGAGAUCCAAUGCUAAUUGUGCAUGAAGUUAUGAAAGGAAAUGGUAUUAUAUGGUCCAAUGGCGAUUUAUGGAAGGAGAUGAGGCGCUUUACCAUAACCAACCUGAGAGACUUUGGGAUGGGCAAGAAGACUUGUGAGGACAAAAUCAUUGAGGAGCUUUCUCAUCUUGAUGAAGUUUACCAAACUGUUAAAGUGCUUAAAUAUUUAACUUCACAGAACACUGACUAUGCAGUCUCUAACAUUAUCUGCUCCAUUGUUUAUGGCAGCAGAUUUGAAUAUGACGAUCCAGAGUUUACAUCCAUGGUAGAUCGAACAAGCAGAAAUAAUCAACUAUUGGGGACCCCAUCAGUACAGGUGUAUAACCUGUUUCCUUGGAUUGGAAAAUGGUUUGCCGGCAAAAAAGAAUUCCAUAAAUCGUUUGCUGCCAAUAUUAAACAGAAUUUACAGCUGUUCAGUCGUUUGAAAGAGACCCUCAAUCCACAGAUGUGCAGAGGAUUUGUGGAUGCGUUUCUGGUCCACAAGCAAAAUCUGGAGGAAUCUGGGAUUACUAACAGUCACUUCCACAAUGAAAACCUUUUGAUCACAGUUAUUAAUUUGUUUGCUGCUGGCACUAAUACAACAGCAACUACACUCAGGUGGGGACUGCUGUUUAUGACCAAAUAUCCAAAAAUACAGGACCAGGUCCAGGAGGAGCUGAGCAGGGUGAUAGGAAGUCGUCAGGUGCAGGUUGAGGACAGGAAGAACCUGCCCUUCACUGACGCGGUCAUCCACGAGACACAGAGACUGGCCAACAUCGCCCCCAUGGCACUUCCUCAUAAAACUACCCAAGAUGUCACUUUCCAGGGUCACUUCAUUAAGAAGGGGACCACAGUGUAUCCUCUCUUGUCAUCUGUCCUGUAUGAUGAGAGUGAGUGGGAGAGCCCACACACCUUUUAUCCUGCCCACUUCCUGGACAAAGACGGAAAGUUUGUCAAGCGAGAUGCCUUCAUGCCUUUUUCUGCAGGCCGCAGGAUUUGUCUUGGAGAAAGUCUGGCCAGGAUGGAGCUCUUCAUCUUUUUCACCACCCUCCUGCAACACUUUCGCUUCACUCCUCCACCUGGAGUUUCAGAGGAUGAACUAGAUCUGAGUCCACGUGUGGGCUUAAGCCGCAACCCUUUACCUCAUAAGCUGUGUGCUGUUUCCUGUAUGUGAGGAGGAGGAGGGCUGGUGUCAUGCAGCAAGCUUAUCUUUGUAUCUUAUGUACUUUGUAUCUUGUUACUUUACAUUUUACUGAGUAUAUUCUUCUUAAUAUAUAAAGUUAAAUGUGAAAUUCCCAGAAUACAACGCAGAAACUGUUCAACAUUUUGGAAAUACUUUUAUUUGCUUUCUUUCUGAGACAAAGAUUGGAAAAAGAUACCACUGUAUCAUGACUGCAUGUUGCAAGUGCAGAGCUCGAGUCAGAAGAUGGUUAGCAUAGCUUGGAUUAAACACUAAAAGCACAAAGAAACAGCUUGUCUAGCUCUGUCAAAAUUAUAUCUACUAUGUUGACUUAAAAAUUGAGAAUAGUUGAGAGCUGGAAGCUUGUUGUGGAGUUAUUCUUCCCUCUAAAUGACAAAAAAGUAAUGCAUCUUGGCCUACACAAUUUAAAUCAAGGCUUGACAGUGCAAUAGCAUCAAUUGUCAACUGGCAGACAAAUCUGUUCCCUGCUAUGUGUCCUGUUUAGAUACUCUGGUCAGGACACGUAAUGUUGUUGUUUAAUGUUCAAUAUGUUUACACAACAAAAACAUUACAUGUCAGUCAGUACAUGACUUCAUUUCAUCAUAAUGUUUUUUGUUUAAAUAUAUUAAGCAUUGAAUGACAACAUUAUUUACAUCAAAUGAUGCCUAAAUGAGCUGAAUGUAAUUUCUUC